AUGGGGACUCACAAAGAAGAUGCCUCUCUGGGACACGCGACCGGUGCCCAGGUCUUCUCUAGAACGACAGCAGAAGAUGUUCGCCUCGAGCAGCUUGGUUACCAGCAAGAGCUCAAGCGGUCCUUUGGUCUCCUGGGCAUGAUUGGCUUCAGUUUCAGUAUUGUUACUUCUUGGACUGCGCUGGGUGGUGUCUUCACUGUCGGUGUCAAUGCUGGAGGGCCGCCUGUGAUGGUUUAUGGUUGGAUCGCCGUCUGUUUGGCAACUCUGGCCGUUGCUUUCCCCAUGGCGGAGAUGUGUUCGAUGUGGCCGGUCGCAGGGGGUCAAUAUUCCUGGGUAGCAAUCUUGGCUCCUCCAAGAGUUGCACGAGGGUUCUCGUACGUUGCUGGCUGGUUUAUGUUGACUGGUGUUCUCGCAAUGGGAGCAACGAAUAACUUCGUGGCGGCCAACUUUGUUCUUGGUCAAGCAAACCUAGUGUUCCCUCAAUUUACCAUCGAACGCUGGCACACAGUCCUCGUGGCAUAUUUGAUCGCUUUCAUGGCUGCGGCUGUCAAUAUCUGGGGCCCGCAUCUUCUCAACCGCAUCUCCCGAUUUAUCCUAAUCUGGAACGUCGGUUCCUUUGUAAUCGUGAUGAUAACGAUUCUGGCUACCAACGACCACAAACAGCCUGCUUCCUUUGUGUUCCAGGAGUUCCAGAACUUCACAGGCUGGGGCUCUGGCAUGGCGGCCAUGGUAGGUAUUCUUCAAUCCUGCUUCGGCAUGUGCUGCUACGAUGCCCCUGCACACAUGACAGAGGAGAUGAAGAACGCAUCCAAAGAAGCGCCCAAGGCCAUUAUCCUGUCCGUGCUUCUAGGAGCUGUCACUGGGUUUGGUUUCCUCCUCACUCUGUGUUUCUGCAUCGGGAACAUCAACGAAACCGCGGAUACGAGUACUGGUGUGCCUGUUAUUCAGAUAUUGUUUGACUCCACUCAAAGCAAGGUCGGGGCCUGCUUUCUUGCCAGCAUGAUAAACGUCAUCGUCAUUUUCGCCUCGAAUAGUCUCCUGGCUGAAGGCUCUCGCUCAGUCUUCGCCUUCGCUCGUGACCAUGGUCUUCCUUUCUCGCGGUUCUUUGCCAAAGUAAACGACAAGCGGGGUGCACCAAUCAAUGCUAUCCUUCUCAGCUUGGGAGUUCAGAUGGCUCUGAAUGCCAUCUACUUUGGGACUCUGACGGGUUUUGAGACCGUCAUCUCGAUUGCCACCGAAGGAUUCUAUCUUUCCUAUGCGAUGCCUCUAUUCUCCCGCAUCUUGGCCUAUUUCACCGGCCAUGUUACCGCUAUGCAGGGCCCCUGGGCAUUGUCACCUUCCAUCUCCCUGGGUGUUAGUACCAUCGGCCUUAUCUUCCUCCUCUUCGCUGCUACAAUCUGCAACUUUCCCUCAAGCUCUCCUGUCGACAAGGAGAACAUGAACUACACAUCUGCUGCUAUCGGAGUCAUUGGACUGAUUAGUACCGUGACCUGGUUGACGACGGGCAGGAAGCAUUUUACCGGUCCUGGAGAUGUCAAAGACCUCAAAGGCUACGAGAAGCAUGAAGCUGUCAUUCCGCCGGAGAGCAAAGAACUCAAAGCUGAUCCAAAGGUUGAUGUGAAGAGUUGA